AAUAUGUCCAUCCGUGAAAUUUCCUUGUUACUAAAUAUUCCACAGUCAACUGUUAGUGGUAUUGUAACAAAGUUGAAGGAACUGGGAACAACAGCAACUCAGCCACCAAGUGGUAGGCAACGUAAAAUGACAGAGCGGGGUCAGCACAUGUUGAAGCGCACAGUGCACAGAAGUAGACAACUGUCUGCAAAGUCAGUAGCUAAAGACCUCCAAUCUUCAUGUGGCCUUUAGAUUAACUUCAUGGAAUAGGUUUCCAUGGCCGAGUAGCUGCAUUCAAGCCUUACAUCAGCAAGUGCAAUGCAAGGUGUCAGAUGCGGUGGUGUAAAGCAUGCCGGCACUGGACUCUAG